AUGAGUUAUAUGAACUCCCGCCUCAAAGGCUUCGGGUUCGGAAAGCGCAAGUCAACCGCCAGCAUCCAGACCACCGACGGGGUCCCGCCCGCUGGUACCCCUCCUCCAGGCCAUCCUCCAGCUCAAAUACCUCAACACCAAGCUCCUCUGCCCGGACAGACGCCGCCCAUCGGCGCCGCGUCCUCGACCACCAGUCUCCCAAUGAACCACCCCGGAGCUGGCAAUCGCCCGCCGAGCUACACGGCCAACUAUCCCCCCGCCGGCCCUGGCGAUCGUACGUCGCCUCUCCAGGGCAGCAACCGCACCCCGCCAAGCCAGAUGGUUGGAGGCCCUCCUCCCAUCAACACCGGUGCGCCCGUUGGAUAUCCACCUCCCAACAUGGCUGCCAUGGGCCAAGGCCCUCCUCCCAUGGGCGGCCCUCCUCCGGGCGGCCCUGGCGGUCCUCCCCCGGGCUUUGGUGCACCACAGGGAUAUCCUCCUGGCCCUCCUCCGACUCAGGGAGGUCCCAUUGCGCAGCAGUUCCAGCGGCCUAAUCCCAAUCCCGCUGCCGAGGUUGAGGGCGCCAGCAAGAGCAAGGCACAGCUCAUUGUUGGCAUCGAUUUUGGUACCACCUUUUCCGGUGUUGCCUUCGCGUUUGCGACGAAUAACGAGGCGAAAGAAGAUAUCAUCACGGAAUGGCCAGGUGCUGGUUCAUAUACCAAGCAAAAGAUUCCCACGGUGCUUUACUACGAUCAGUAUCAGAAGGUCGUAGGAUGGGGUCCAGAUAUUGCUGACGCGUUGGCGCCAACUGGUUACCCAAAGCCCGGUGUUCAAAAGGUGGAAUGGUUCAAGUUGCAGCUGAUGCUCAGUGGCAAUACGUAUAUUGAUCCUAUUAACUUGCCUCCCCUCCCCCCUGGCAAAUCCGAAAUCGAUGUGGCAGCCGACUACCUGUUCAAGCUUCGACAAGCCAUGCGAUCAGCACUGCAAAAGACACUGGGAGAAGUAUUCAACCGGGAGGAACGCAACAUUCGAUACUAUCUGACCGUCCCUGCCAUCUGGAACGAUGCCGGUAAAGCCGCCACCCGAGCCGCCGCCAUUCAGGCCGGCUUCCUCCGUGACGAGAACGACAACCGCUUGACCCUGGUUUCGGAACCCGAGGCUGCCGCGCUUUUCUGCUCCAAGACGGGACUCCUAAACCUUAAAGUCCACGACGCCGUCCUGAUUGUGGACUGCGGUGGUGGUACUGUGGAUUUGAUUGCAUACGAAGUUGAAGAGGAGAACCCUUUUACUGUUGCAGAGUGCACUGCGGGAUCUGGGGAUUCCUGUGGCUCCACCGCCUUGAACCGCAACUUCAGCAACAUCCUCCGGACCAAGAUUAGGAAAAUGAAGUUGCCGGACGGCUCCAAGACCGCCGGUCGAGUAUACGCCAAAUGCAUCAUGGACUUUGAAAACAGAAUCAAGGCCGAUUUCAGAAACAAUGGACAAAAGUGGGCCGUCGACGUCGGUAUUGAAGCUGAAUUUCCCGAGGCCGGCAUCGAAGAAGGCUACAUGACUUUCACCAACGAGGAAAUUUUGCAGUGCUUCGAGCCAGUUGUCAACCGAAUUCUCGAGUUGGUCCGAAACCAAAUUAUUGCUAUCCAGGCACAGAACCGAACGCUACAAAACAUCUUGGUGGUUGGUGGUUUCGGUGCGUCCGAGUACCUCUUCCAGCAGAUCAAGCUGCAUGUUCCCCCACAGUUCCAGUCCAAGGUGGUGAGGCCCAUGGACUCAGUGGCGGCCAUCGUCAAGGGUGCAGUCACCGCUGGUAUUACCGAACGCAUCAUUACACACCGUGUUGCUCGUCGCCACUAUCUCAUGGCUACUCUGCAGCCAUUCAAAGAGGGAUACCACCCCGAGGCCUACCGUGUCCCAUCGUUGGAUGGAAAGGACAGAUGCAAGUUCACCCGACAAAUUUUUGUGCAGAAGGGCCAAAAGGUCAAGAAUGGCGAACCAGUCAAGGUUUCAUUCUUCCGACAAGUUGCGCCUGGCGCGACCCUCAUGUACGAAGACGUGUUGUAUGCCUGCGAUGACGACGUGUGCCCUGAAUACACCAAGGAUCCUCGUAUCAAGGAAGUCGUCACUCUCACUUCCGAUCUGUCGCGCAAGAACCUUGAAAAGGACUUUGAGCGCAUGGACACGCCCCAAGGAACCUUUUAUCGUGUUUACUUUGAUAUCUACCUGACGCUUGAUGGUUCGGAAUUCAGCGCCGAAUUGGUCUGCCAGGGCGAAGUCAUGGGCCGAUGCAGAGCUCGCUUUAGAUAA